AUUCAAAUAUUUGCGGAGAGAGAACACAGAGAGGCAGGCGGUCGUUGCAAUAAAAUGCUUGGGGGAGGGGUUUCCCUCUUUUUUUUCCAAAAGCUCUGGGAGAAAACGACCAACUCAACAAACCCUUAAUACGUUGCCGUUUUUGGUUCUCCUCCUCCCCCUUACUCGCCGACUCAUCCUGAUUCUUCAUCCUCCUCUGCACCCGCUGUUGUCUGGAAUUUUCUUCAGCAACCGAACUUCUUCUCUGUAUCCAGCGCUAGGUUUCUACCAAUUAUGCCCACAUUUACUGCUAUAGCAUUGGAUAGGUUGUUAGAACCUGGAGCUUCCAAAUCUAUCAACAAGUCUACUCCUGAUUCGAGACCUCCUCAUGUGAAACCUCCUAAUUCAAAGCUGGAAAAGGUAAAUGGUAAAUCUACUAGAGAGAGGAAAGUCCCUCGCCCUCAAAUAUCACCAGCACUUUAUGCAACCCCCAAGGCGACUCCGCUUCCUGAUUCACCAUCAUCCUUCCCUCCUUCUCCUUACAUUGUUAAUCACAAGCGGCGUGGGCCACGCCUUCUAAAGAGCUUAUCUGUGGAUGAUGUAUCUGAGCGGAAAAAAACCCUGAAAGAAGAAAAAGCCAAUGGGAAGACAGAAGAUACUGAAGCCAGGGCUGCCGAUUUAACUAAAUCAAAUUCUGCUGUUUUUCCUGUUGCUGAGACUAUCAUGGAGGAGCAUGUCAAUGGGAACGGUGUUCAAUCUAUAUCUGUUGAUGGUGUCCAUGAUGAUCAUGUGGAGCUUGCAAAGGGUCAAAUGGAGGUAGAAUGCGGCAAUAGGGGACCUGAAAGCAGCAACCUGAGUAAUGAUUUUAUGAAGGAAAGUACAGUAAAGCUUGUUCCCGUGAACUCUGAUAAAGAAGUUGAGUCUGAAGAUUUCUAUGAUCCUCAAGAAUCAAUGAGUCUCACAAGUAAUACAGAGGGAGAGGAUUGCGCUGGCCUUGUAAGUGCUGUAAAGACUGCUGCACCAGCUGGGGAGUUUUAUGAUGCUUGGGAAGAGUUGUCCUCAGAGAGUGGAAUGCAGGCUUCUGUUCCCGACAUUGAAUUUGAAUUGCGUGAAAUAAGAUUGAGUUUAUUAAUGGAGAUAGAGAAGAGGAAGCAAGCAGAGGAUACUCUGAAUCACAUGCGAAGUCAUUGGGAGAGUAUCAGGAAGCAGUUAGCUAGACAUGGAUUGACGCUCCCUGCAUAUCCCACUGUUGCAGCAGAGGGCGAGGAACUUGGUGUUGAUCUUGCAGAAGAACUGUCACGACAAUUUAAUAUUGCUCGAUUUGUAUCAGAUUCUAUUGGCAGGGGGAUUGCAAAGGCUGAGCUGGGGAUGGAGAUGGAAGCUCAGAUUGAAUCAAAGAACUUUGAAAUAGCACGAUUGUCGGAUCGACUUCACUAUUAUGAGGCUGUAAACCGAGAAAUGUCUCACCGGAACCAGGAAGCUGUAGAGAUGUCACGACGCGAGAGGCAAAGAAGGAAAAGACGACAGAGGUGGGUUUGGGGUUCAAUUGUUGCCACAAUUACCCUUGGAACUGCAGCCUUGGCAUGGUCUUACCUCCCUACAGCCAAAGGAUCUCCCUCCACCGAUAGUUAUCAAGUUCCUGAGCAUGAGAGUGCAGGUAAAUGACAACUUUUGGAUCGAAUGGGAUUGUGAUUGUCAGAUCAUAAAAGAGGGAAAGAUAACAAAUAAAAAGAUUGGAAGUACCAACCACCCUCUGAUAGAAAUCUCUAUACUUAUAUCUAUUCAGAGGAUGUAUAUUGCUGUGAAGACAAUUUCGGCAUCCAGAGUUGCCCCUUAUGUUGGCAAUCUUGGAGGUGCCAAAUGAUGAAUUAAUUUAGAUUCACACCAUAUUUAUAUGUUCGUUUUAGUUUUCGGGAGUAUCAUAUAUAUGUGUGCUUUUGUGAGCACCCUGAGUUGUUUCUCCAUGCUUUGUUUUUUUUCUCUUGGGUUUAAGACCAGUAACUGAACUAAAUUGUUUACUUGGUUCGAGUUGAAUAACCUCAGUCACCAGACGUGGGAUUACAGUU